GGGAUGUUUCAGCUGGGAUCCGGGCCAAGACAGCACGGACGCCGUCAGGGCAAAACAGCCGCCCACGUUUGAAGUGAGCGGAGGUGCGGCCAUGCGUUGCUCCACCCUGCUCGCCAUCCUCACCGGGGUGCUUCUGUACCUGGUGCUGGGCGCCGUGGUGUUCCGGGCCUUGGAGGCGCAGCGAGAAGAAGGCAAGCACAUGCAGCUGCAGGGCACGUGUCGCGACUUUCUGAUGAACUUCACUUGCGUCAGCCCCGACAACCUGCAAGCUCUCAUUGAGGAGGUGGCAGAGGCCAUUGGUGCAGGCGUGGAUCCCAACAGUAACGCCACCUAUGUCAGCCAGUGGGAUCUGGCCAGCGCCUUUUUCUUCUCUGGAACCAUCAUCACAACAAUCGGUUUUGGAAACAUCUCCCCCAAGACGGAGGGUGGUCAGUUGUUCUGUAUUUUCUAUGCCUUGGUUGGAAUUCCACUGUUUGGUAUCCUGCUUGCUGGAGUUGGAGACCAUCUAGGUACCGGGUUGAGGAAAACGGUGGCCAAAAUAGAGACUCUGUUCCUGAAAUGGCGAGUUAGUCCCACCAUUGUGCGUGUGAUCUCAGCCGUCUUGUCCAUCCUGCUGGGGUGCCUGCUGUUUGUUGCGGUGCCCAUCCUGGUUUUCCAAAAGGUAGAAGGCUGGACCAUGCUGGAGUCUGCGUACUUUGUAGUCAUCACCCUGACAACAGUGGGGUUUGGUGACUAUGUUGCAGGGGAUUCGGGACUGGAGGGCAGUGACCACUGGUACAAGCCUUUGGUGUGGUUCUGGAUCUUGCUGGGUCUUGCCUACUUUGCAUCCGUCCUGUCAAUGAUUGGGAAUUGGCUUCGAGUUUUAUCGAAGAAGACGAGAGCUGAGAUGGAGGAACUGCGAGCCCACGCCACGGACUGGACACAGAAUAUCCAGAAUAUGGAUUUUCGGAUCUCUGGAAAAAUUGACGAUCCCUUCCGACGGCGUCGGCGAAGACGGCGGCAUGGCGCUCGCAACCACGGCCACGGGGGCUCAGCUCCUGGAGCCCAUGAGGGGGAAGGAGAGCAAAACGAGAGUGAAACUGAUUCUGAAUCCUAUUCCUCUUACACCUCCUACAGUGGAUCAGAGUCUGGAUCGGAGUCAGAAACCACCCAAACAGAGCAGGUGCCCGAGGAAAAGAAGGACCCCCACCUUUCUCAACCUCUGGACUAUUUUGGAGAGAACCUGGCCUUCAUUGACGAGUCCUCGGAUGCUCAGAGUGCUAAAGUACACGUGGAUCCUCAACUGGAUCCAACCCAACCGAGUCCUAAACGUCCCGGUUCACACAAGCGGAGGCGUCACAGGAAGCCUGUCCCACGGAGAAGCUCCAAAACUGAUGGAAUCAAACGGUCCAGCCUUGGCAAACAGGAGCACAACGGAACACCGCAGCCGGUUCCAAAUGUACCGCUGAAUCCACAAGCUUGAGAAAGAAGCCACAGUAGCCACGUUUACAUGAGGAGUUUUUCCUCUUUCCGAAUGGCUUUUCCGAAAACAAUUGUAUACAUGGAAAGGAAUAUUCCAAUCCGCUAUAAACCGAUUUAAGCCGCUAUAAACAGAAUAGUAAAUGGGGCAUGCGCAGUAAAACGUAAACAUCAACAUCACGUGAUACCGACUUCCCCGAGUUUUUCUUUCCCUUGUUGGAAUAACUCCGUAUUGCCAGUUUUUCCUUCGUCCAGUCUUGAAAUUAGAAUCAGUUUGGAUCAAAAACAAACUUUCCUCCUCCUCCAUUUUUAAAACUGAAGAACGUCUCGAGCUGCAUGUUACGUAAUAUUUGAGCAUGUGCUUAGAUAAUUAAACUUAAAUAAUUUAAAUAAUAAAAGAAAUAAUAUCUAACUUAAUUAGAUCAUUUUAAACAGGAAACCGCCAAUAAACAACAGAAAACGAACACGACAAAGAAGAAGGCACAACUUUCCGUUUUCCGUGGGUACAAGAUACUUCGAUCAGAUCGGGGAAAGGAAUAAUCCACACCUGUGAAUCCGAUUAUAUGUUCAGUCGGUUCAUUCGUAUUCGCACUUUUCUUUCGAAACGAGGUGUAUACAAAGGUUACAUUCUUUCCAUUUGGGGAAAUAAAACAAAUGCAAUUGGAAUAUUUGGGUCCAUGUAUACGUGGCUAGUGUUAGCACAGGAAAUGCCUCAACAAAACAAAGUCCCCACAGCGGGAUUGACAGGAAUGAUUAAUGUAGCAAGCUAUUUGUGUCAAUGAAUUGUAUAUUUGCAGGCACAUGGAAAUGUUGCACAAGCGUUGGCCUUUGCAGAUGAUGUUUUUACUUUAGCACGUAUGCCUUAAUCUAGUGACAGUACUGUAAUGUAUGCCUCCUACAGUACGCUUCUUUUACUGUCUAAGGAAUUGCUGCUCUCUGCUGGACUGAGAGAGAAUCAUCACAUUUCGUUAUGUAUGUUAAUUAGCAUAUGUUGGUUAGCAUAUGUUCAUUUAGGGCUGUCCAAAAUCACACUUU